AUGGCAGACGAAAGUGCAACAACUGAUUUUGAAACAGGUCCUCAAUUGAGCCUCACGAUUAAAGUGAUUUUCACUUUGGCCUCGUCUGUUACCAUCCUGGUGUCUGUGAUUGGAAACUCAUUAGUGAUCUACAUCGUAUUCAAGAACCAAACCAAGAGAACAUCAACCAACUGUCUAAUAGUGAGCUUAGCUAUAAGUGAUGUUUUAAUAACUAUGAUUCAGGCUCCCUUAUUAAUUUUGUACCUUUGCAUCGGAGAUGAAGCGAAUGGCUCUUACCUGGGAAAUGUUUCUGACAUUUCUCGUCGAAUGUUGGCUUUCGGAGUUUCUAUACUACUUUAUUCCUCAAUUUUCAACAUGGUUACCAUCGCCAUCGAUCGAUUUCUAGCCGUCAUCCGACCACUGACAUACAAAGUCUCAUCAAAAUGGCUGGUGAAAGUAGGAAUUCCUCUCGUAUGGUUGAGUUCAUGUUUGCUAUCACUAGAGGGUGUGUUGACACUACAAGAUGGGAACGCUGAAUCAUCAAGUGGAAGAAGCCGUUUUGCACUGUUUUCGUCCUUAGUAUUUUUGGUCAUCUCGUUGAUCGCGUUGAUUGUCCUCUAUUCUGUAAUUUGUUAUCGUCUUUGGAGAAGAAGCAUUCCUGGCGAAGUUUCCAGUAAUCAGCAAGCACUUGCUACUCGUACAGCACGGAAGGUCACCAUAUUAAUGAUUUUCAUUGUAGCCGUGUUUUUUCUUUCAUGGGCACCAAUUUUUAUGUCUAUGCUCGCAGAAGUAAUUGAGAUUAAUUUCGCUUAUGAGUCAAUUAUGAGAGAAUAUCCAUUUUUAACUGCUAUAAGUUUCUGGUUAGUCGUAAACAACAGUGCUUGUAACUCGUGUUUGUAUUUCCUAUUUAUCGAAAGCUUCCGUCAAGGUCUAAAAUUAUUAUGUUCAAAUUGUCGACCUCCUCGGUUAAGACUACGUAGGUUUCGAUGGAAGUACGAAACAGGAGAACGAAUUAGAAACAGGCAAGCUGUGAACGUUCUGAAUCCGGAGGAAAGGGCUGUUGAAUUGAGGACAUUCUGUAAUACCCACAUUACACAAGUUACACCUCUUCAAUAG